GAGCCCUCGAUAAGAUGAAAUUAGAUAAAUAUUAAACAAUGUUUAUUUUCUACAUACAGUAAUUACGAUCCAUUGUGUAAAAGGUGGAGCAACUGUGAAGUAUCAAGUGUCCGUCCGUUCAGCCUGGCAGACCUACUCUGAGGCAGUAAUAACACAGUAGUGGUUUGUUUCCCGGCGCCGAGUCUGUAGCAACAGUGAAGAGGAGCGAGAUAAUGAAUUUAUGACUAGUUACGGAUCUGUGUCCCAGUAGCUUCGAUCCAGCAACAAGACGGGAAGGUACUAGACGGAGUUGGCAGUGACUUCCGUUAACACUGACAUCAUGGACUGUGGUGAUGGAGCAAAUGAUGUGCAGGCAGAGUUGGACUCGGUAGAGGCUGAGCUGGAGCUGGUGGAGCUGCAGAUCUCAGAACUCCUGGAGAAGCAGGCCCAACUAACACGCCGAAAGAAUGCACUUCUGGAGCAAGUGGAGGAGACUUGUAAUGCUGCACAACCGUCCUCAUCAUUGUCUUCACCCUCGUCUUCUUCAAAGCUGUCUGGAGGUCCAGUAAUGACCAAACAGGAGAUACAGCGCUAUGAUGGAGCAGAUUUUCCAUGGUCCAAAGAUGUGGAUGAGCAUCUUAAGGAGUCCUUCCGUCUGUGUAAGUUCAGGCCACUGCAGCUCAGGGCCAUCAACCUCACUCUGUCAGGCCGGGAUCUGUUUCUGGUGAUGCCAACAGGACGGGGAAAAAGCCUUUGCUACCAACUUCCUGCUGUUUGCUCAAAGGGUUUUACACUGGUCAUCAGUCCCCUGGUGUCCUUGAUGGAGGACCAGAUCAUGUCCCUGAAGUCCAUCAACGUCUCAGCAGUGAUGCUCAACGCCUCUAGUAGCAAGGAACAUGCUAAGACAGUCAUGGCUGGAAUGACAGAUGCCAAGUGUCCUUUUAAGCUGGUCUACGUUACUCCUGAAAAAAUCGCCAAGAGCAAGCUGUUGAUGUCUCGUCUGGAGAAAGCGUACAAGGCCAACCUGAUGAGUCGGAUUGCUGUGGAUGAAGUGCACUGCUGCAGCCAAUGGGGACACGAUUUCAGACCAGAUUAUAAGCUGCUGGGCAUCCUGAAGAGGCAGUUUCCCAAAGUGCCUCUAGUUGGUCUGACAGCCACAGCAACCAGCAGCGUCCUCAAAGACUGUGAGAAGAUCCUGUGUGUGUCGCAGCCGGUAACACUCACCGCCUCCUUUAACAGAACCAACCUCUACUAUGAGGUUCGUAUUAAAAAUGACACAUCAUUAAAUGACAUUGCUUCCCUGAUCAAGAACAAAUACAAGGACCAGUCAGGGAUUGUAUAUGUGUUCUCUCAAAAAGACGCUGAGUUGGUGUCAUCUGAGCUCCAGAAGAUGGAGGUUGUGGCAUAUCCGUACCACGCCAACAUGGACCCUGAAAGCAAGUCCAGGAUUCACCGUAAAUGGACCACCAACAAAAUCCAGGUGGUGGUUGCUACGGUGGCCUUUGGUAUGGGCAUCGACAAACCUGACGUUAGGUUUGUCAUCCACCACACCAUCAGCAAGUCCAUCGAAAACUACUACCAAGAGAGCGGGCGAGCAGGGCGAGAUGACCGUCCUGCAGACUGCAUUCUCUACUUUGGCUUUGCUGAUAUUUUCCGGAUCAGCACCAUGGUGGUGAUGGAGAACGUUGGUCAAAAGAAGCUGCUCCAGAUGGUGGACUACUGCCAGAAUGUGGACCGGUGCCGACGUUCUGUCAUGGCUGUUCACUUUGAUGAGGUGUGGGAUGGUGAAGAAUGCUGCCAGAUGUGUGAUAACUGCCAUCACAAAAAAGACUACACCACCAUCGACAUAACGAAACAUGCCAGGCAAGUAUUGCAGAUCUUGGAAAUGGCAGCAUCCAUGGAUGAAAAGAUGACUCCUCUAAAGGUGGUGGAAUCCUGGAUGGGGAAAGGCCCGUCAAAAGUCAGGAAGAUGAUCCAGACCACGACGCUGUCUCGACUCCAGGCUGAAGCUGUGAUCGUUCAUCUGCUACAGCAGGGAUAUCUCAGAGAGGAUUUCAGCUUCACUCCGUACACCACCUACUUCUACCUGAAGCCAGGACGGAAAGCUCCUCUGUUGAAAAACCAGACUCACACUCUCAGCAUGAAGAUAAGAACAGCACAGACAUCAUCAUCAUCAUCAUCAUCAUCAUCAUCAGAGGACACGUCAGCUGUUGUAGCCACUGAGGAAGGGGCUGAAAUGACCUUUGAACCCACUGUCAUGGGUUGUCCUCGACAACCCAAACAGAAACUCUUUAAAGAACAGAAGAAUCUGUCUAGAAAACAGGACUUGAAGCCUGUUGACCAGGCAGAGAGAGCCAAGAAACAGAUGCUAAACAGACUAGAGGAGGACGAGGGGGGGGCCAACCCAAUGCCCCCCCACAACAGAGUUGAGGUGCACGUUGAAAUUAACCUGACAGAGGAUACUGGAGACAAAACAUCACCACGCCCACUAAAAUCAUACUCCAAACACAAACCCUCCACCCAUCAGAAAAAGAGGAGGAAUCCCCUUACGCCGUCCCCCUCCCCAGAUGGAAACCAACCCCCCUGCACCGUGUCCAGCUCCCCAUCCCAUUCCUCUAUCAUCUCUGAGACAGCAGCAGAGGAGCUCUGUCACCUUAGGAAUUACUACAGUAAACAGCUCAGAAGAAUAAACCAUAUCUCCCAUGAGCACCUGGGGCGGCCCACAGAGCCUGGAGUCUUAGCAUGUCUGACUGAACCACUGAGGAGCUUCCGCGGGCUCCCCAGGGUGAGCAUCGGCCAAACGGCCAGAAGUCUGUGGACACGAGUCAGUGGCAGGAGGAAGCUGGUCCGCUGAUCACAUGACCAGUCUCAUGACUGGUAGCAUUUUAAACACUGAAUGUUCAGGACUCACAUCAAAACAGAUUAACUUAAAUUAUGUUGUAUCAAACUUAAAAACUAGAAACUUUAAUUAAAGUUUAAUCUUCAAACUUUCUGUAGAAGGCCCAGUAUUUUAAGAUUUGGAGAAGUCAAAGUACAGAAACAGAAUAUAUUAUUCAUAAUUUUGUUUUCAUUUGUGCAUCAGGAGGCUUUAAUCACAGUAAUAAAUCAUGUGGUGUUUCCUCUACUAUAAUUAAAACAGAUUCAAGUAUGUAAUACUUUCAGAGAAAACCUGAAAAAAAAUCACUGGUGAAUAAUGAAGGUGUUUUAAUAUAAAUAUAAUUAUGUUAAAUCAGUAGAAUACAAACUGAUUCAGAUUCAAGAAGCUGAAGCUGCUCUUUCAUACCGUUAACCUGUAGUGUCAUCUGCUGUCACUAGUGUGUAACUGCAUCCUGAUAAAAAAACUGAACAGAAUCCAUGGUGGUGUUCAGAUGUUCCUUUUUUUGUUUUGGUUCUUGACUGAAUGAAAUGACCAAACAUGUAAAUUUGAGGCUGUGAUGAUUAAAUCAGCCUUUACAUCUGGGACACAUGUCCCUUAACUUACUUUUGUCUCUGCAUCUCGGUUUUAAAGAAUUAUCUUGUGUUUGAACUUCCAACAGUAUGUGACGUGUGGACACAACUCUCUGUUCUCUAAAAAAAAAAGGCAAUGUUAUAGUAGAUAGCUCGUGUCUUGUAUUUCAAGCUUAGGAGUAUUUUUAAUUGUCUUAAUAAUUUAAUAAAACAAAACUGCAA